CAGGUCACGUGACAGGCUGCCCGCCCCGGCAAGUACUGAGCAGGGAGGGGGGGGAGUAAGAGAGCAACAUAGAUUCGCAUCAUGGCGACACAGGAAAGCUGGAGGCUGCGGUGGCUCCUAUUUCUAACCGCACUUGUGGCCGCUGGUGUUGAGAAGGCGGUCGGGGGGCGGACCUUGCAUGUCCCUGGUGGCUGGAGGGAGCCGGGUGCCGGACUGACCACCAUAAAUGCCCGUUACUUAGGAGACAGGGUCAACAGGAGAGCAGCGCAGGAGCCUGUACUUCAGCGGAGGAGGAGGAGCAGCAGCGGCGCGGAGCAUCCUGUAAAGGUGUACGGGCAGGUUAGCUUAGAAGACUCUCACAAUCAAAUUGUUGUCCACUGGGCUGGAGAGAAAAGUCAAGUCAUUGUUGCUUUAACCAGAGAUAGCCUGGCACUAUUGGGGCCCAAAAGCAGUAAUGUUUAUGUAUCGUAUGACUAUGGCAAAAGCUUCAAGAACAUUUCUGAGAAGUUCACUUUCCCUGCUGGAAACACAAGUGCUGCUACUGUGUCUCAGUUCUUCCACAGUCCGGCAGAUAACAAAAGGUACAUCUUUAUUGAUGCCAAUGAGCAAUACUUGUGGAUCAGUGAAGAUUUUUGUAGCACUGUCAAUGGCCUUCCUGUUCCCUUCAAGCCAACAGACCUGCUUCUGCACAGCACAGAGCCCAGUCUUGUACUGGGAUAUGACAAAUUUCAUCCAAAUAAACAGUUAUGGAUGUCUGAGGAUUUUGGACAAACAUGGACAGUGAUACAGGAACAUGUUAAGACUUACAGCUGGGGCAUAGCACCAUAUGAUAAGACUAACACUGUUUAUGUUGAACGUCAUGAACCACGUGGUACAUCAACUGUUCUGAGAAGUACCGACUUUUUUCAAUCCAGAGAUAAAACUGAGAUCAUAAUAGAAGAUGUAGAUGACUUUCAGAUCAGAGAUAAAUAUAUGUUUGCGACAAAGACUGUGCAUCUACAGGACAGCAAGAAACAACCAUCCGCACAGCUGUGGGUUUCGUAUAACCGUAAGGCAAUGAGAUCUGCACAGUUUGUGACCAGGCACCCAAUUACUGAAUAUUACAUUGCUGAUGCAUCAGAAGAGCAGGUAUUUGUCUGUGUCAGCCUCAGCAACAAUAUAACAAAUCUCUACAUCUCUGAAGCAGAAGGUCUUCGGUUUUCACUUUCUUUAGAAAAUGUGCUUUAUUUUAAUCCUGGAGGAGCAGGAAGUGAUACAUUGGUAAGGUAUUUUUCAAAUGAGCCAUUUGCUGAUGUACACCGGGUUAGAGGGGUCAGCGGUGUGUACAUUGCCACCAUCCUUAAUGGCUCAUUUGCAGAAGAGAACAUGCGUUCUGUCAUCACUUUUGAUAAAGGAGGAACCUGGGAAUUUCUUGCAGCUCCUGUUUACAAUGGUUAUGGUGAAAAGGUUCCCUGUGAGUCCUCUAAAGGCUGCUCGCUUCAUUUGGCACAGAGACUUAGCCAGCUGCUUAAUUUCCAAAUACCCAUCAUGCCAAUUCUCUCCAAAGAAUCUGCUCCAGGUUUAAUUGUGGCCACUGGCACAGUUGGAACCGACAUGGCUAGUAAGAUGAAUAUGUAUGUUUCCAGCACUGCCGGAGUUAGAUGGAGAGAGUCACUGCUUGGACCCCACUAUUACACUUGGGGAGAUCACGGAGGCAUUCUUGUAGCAAUUGCUCAAGGAGUAGAUACCAACCAGUUAAAAUACAGCACAAAUGAAGGAGAGACUUGGAAAACAUUUAAUUUUUCUGAGAAAGCCAUGAUAGUAUAUGGACUACUAACAGAGCCUGGGGAAAAGAGCACCGUGUUUACAAUAUUUGGCUCUUACACAGAGAGAGGACAUAGCUGGAUAAUACUACAGAUCAAUGCUAGUGACGUCCUAGGAGUGCCAUGUUCAGACAGUGAUUAUAAACUAUGGUCACCAUCAGAUGAGCGAGGGAAUGAAUGCUUGUUGGGUCGUAAAACUGUUUUCAAAAGAAGGACCGCACAUGCUACAUGUUUUAAUGGGGAAGACUUUGAUCGGCCAAUUACAGUCUCCAACUGCUCCUGCACAAGAGAAGACUUUGAAUGUGAUUUUGGCUUCAAACUCAGUAAAGACCUGUCAUCAGAAGUUUGUGUUCCUGACCCUGAAUUUGCUGGAAAACUCUAUCCUCUCCCUAUUCCUUGUCCUGUGGGCACCACUUAUAGAAGGACCAAAGGCUACCGUAAGGUUUCGGGAGACACUUGUUCUGGAGGGGAUGUUGAAAACCGUCUCCAGGGUGAAGAGGUCCCUUGUCCUGUGGGAGAGGAAAAUGAAUUCAUUUUAUAUGCUAUGAGGAAUUCCAUAUAUCGUUAUGACCUUUUAUCUGGGAUCAACGAAGAACUUCCUUUAAAGGGACUGCACAACGCAGUGGCUUUGGACUUUGAUUAUCAGAGCAAUUGUUUAUACUGGGCUGAUGUUACUCUUGAAACUAUACAGCGUCUUUGCUUGAAUGGGAGUUCUGGACAAGAAAUCAUCAUAAGAAAUGGUUUGAAAACGAUUGAAUCGUUGGCUUUUGACCCACUCAGCCAGUUACUCUAUUGGGUAGAUGCUGGAAUGAAGAGAAUUGAGGUUGCCAGUGCUGAUGGAGAUUUGAGACUCACAAUUUUGAAUUCGACUGUUCUUGAAAGGCCAAGGGCUCUGGCUUUAGUACCCAAAGAAGGACUAAUGUUUUGGACUGACUGGGGAGAUGAGCGGCAUGGCAUAUACAGAAGUGAAAUGGAUGGCUCCUCUGUAAAACACUUGAUAUUUGAGGGUAUAAAGUGGCCAAAUGGCAUCUGUGUAGAUGAGCAGUGGAUAUACUGGACUGAAGCAUACAUGGAUCGAAUCGAAAGAAUUGAUUUUAAUGGUCAACAAAGAAUGAUUAUUUUGGAUAGUCUUCCUCAUCCUUAUGCAAUAGCAGUUUUUAAGAGUGAAGUAUACUGGGAUGAUUGGUCACAACUAAGCAUUUUUAGGGCUUCGAAAUUUAAUGGUGCCCGGAUGGAAGCCGUAAUUGGCAGAUUAACAGGAGUGAUGGACAUGAAAAUAUAUUACAAAGACAAAGCAACAGGGCACAACGCUUGUGUUUUAAAGCCUUGCAGCCUUUUAUGCCUUCCUAAAGCCAAUAACAGCAAAAUCUGCAGAUGUUCUGAGGGUGUGAAAAGUACUCUACUGUCUUCUGGUGAGAUGCAGUGUGAUUGUCCACAAGGUUACCUGCUAAAAAACAAGACCUGUAUAAAACAAGAAAACACAUGCUUGCCUAGCCAAUACAGAUGCUCUAAUGGGAACUGUAUUAGUAGUAUUUGGCAAUGUGACACAGACAAUGACUGCGGAGACAUGAGCGAUGAAAAAAACUGUCCAACAACAACAUGUGACCCUGAGACACUGUUCAGAUGCCAAGGAUCCGGAGCCUGCAUCCCAUUGUCCUACAAAUGUGACCUUGAGGAUGACUGUGGAGACAAUAGUGAUGAGAGUCACUGUGAAGCUCAUCAGUGUAAGGAAGAUGAAUUCAACUGUAGCUCUGGGAUGUGCAUCCGCUUAUCUUGGGUGUGUGAUGGUGACAAUGAUUGCAGGGAUUGGUCUGAUGAAGCAAACUGUACAGCAAUAUCCCAUACAUGUGAGGCCACCAGUUUCCAAUGUCAUGACAGCCACUGCAUUCCACAAAGAUGGGUUUGUGAUGGUGACACAGACUGCCAAGAUGGGUCAGAUGAAGAUCACAACAUAUGUGAAAAGAAGUGUAAUGGCUUUCAGUGCCAAAAUGGAUCAUGCAUCCCUUCAUCUAAGCACUGUGAUGGAGUCAAGGAUUGCCCAGAUGGAGCAGAUGAGCAGCAAUGUGAGCCACUGUGUACUCGUUAUAUGGAUUUUGUGUGUAAGAAUAGGCAACAGUGUUUAUUUCACUCCAUGGUGUGCGAUGGCGUCGUACAAUGCCGUGAUAGCUCGGAUGAGGAUCCACAAUAUGCUGGAUGUUCCCAAGCCCCUGAAUUUCAAAGGACCUGUGAUCCUCAGAGCUUUUUAUGCCAGAAUGGGGUCUGCAUUAGUUUGGUCUGGAAGUGUGAUGGGAUGGAUGAUUGUGGCGAUUAUUCUGACGAGGCUAAUUGUGAGAACCCGACUGACACUCCAACAUGUUCCCGUUAUUACCAAUUUCCGUGUCAAAAUGGCCACUGCAUACCAACAAGGUGGAAAUGUGAUCAUGAAAAUGACUGUGGAGAUUGGUCAGAUGAAAGAGAUUGUGGGGAAACAAUUCCCCAAACAACUUCAAGACCUGCUACCUGUCCAUCCAAUCACUUCCGUUGCGAUAAUGGGGUUUGCAUCUUGAACACAUGGGUUUGUGAUGGAUACAAAGACUGCAUACAUGGAUCUGAUGAGGAAGGCUGUCCAACAUCAGCAAACAAAACAGUGGCACCCACUAUUUUCCCACACGGAGGAUGCACCCAAUUUGAGUUUGAGUGCAAAAAAUGGAAGGACUGCAUACCGAACUGGAGACAAUGUGACGGAAAUAGGGACUGCCGGGAUGGUACCGAUGAGCUAAAUUGCCCUACCCACAAACCUUCUCUCUGUGUUAAUGGAUCUCUCUGUGAGGAUGGAGAGGCUUGUAUUACAUUGCUGGAUUUCUGUGAUGGAUUCCUGGAUUGCACGGAUGGCAGUGAUGAAAGUAACUGUACAGAUGACACCAUAGUGCAUAAAGUUCAAAAUUUGCAGUGGACGGCUGAUUUUACAGGCAACAUAACACUGAUGUGGACCCGUCCAAAGAAGAUGCCACAGUCAACUUGUGUUUAUAUAAUUUAUUACAGAAUUGUUGGCGAGAGCAUGUGGAAAAGCUUAGAAACCCAAAGCAACAAAAAUGUCUAUGUGCUAAAAAUAUUAAAACCAGACACAACAUAUCAAGUUAAAGUACAAGUGCAAUGUUUAAGAAAGACUUACAACACCAAUGAUAUUCUUACUCUGCGGACACCUGAAGGACUUCCUGACCCACCACAGCAUCUUCAGCUAUCUAUAACAAAGGAUGAAUUUGGGGAUAUUUUUGGCUCGUGGACCUCUCCAGCUAACGCCCAUGGUUUAAUUCGGGAAUACAUUGUGGAAUAUAGUAUGAGUGGCAUAAAAGAAUGGACCUCUUUAAGUGUAACAAGUAAAAAUGUCACAAUUAAAGACCUGCCUAGGAACACUAUGUAUUCAGUCAGGGUUGCUGCAGUAACAAGUCGAGGUGUGGGAGAUUGGUGUGAAACAAAAUCCAUAACAACAGUCAAAGGAAAAGAUAUCCCAGUCCCCACUAUAAGAAUUCUGAGCUACAAUGAAGAUUCUAUAAGUUUCACCUUAAUACUGGACCCUGAAAUAUCGGUAAACUAUUACUUUGUAACAUUUGUGUGGGAGUUUGACACGCAUGUGCAGGAAAGAAGAACACUGAAAUUUGAUGGAAAGACCAAAGACUUUAAAGUUGGCAACCUAACUUCCCAGACAUCCUAUGAGAUUUCUGCAUGGAUUACAACUAACAUUGGGGACAGUUCUGUAUCUUUUGAGCACUUUGUGACAAAGGGUGUGAAACCUACAGCUCCAAGUCUUAAAGCCAAAGCCAUCAAUCAGACAACCGUUGAAUGCAACUGGUCUGGAGUAAAAAAUGUGACCUAUGGAAUUUUCUAUGCAACAUCAUUUUUAGAGCUGUAUAGAAAUCCAAAGAAUGUCACCACAACUCUCCACAAUGCCACAGUUAUUGUCAACAGAGAUGAACAGUACUUGUUUUUGGUGAGAGUCGUAUCUCCAUACCAAGGACCUCCUUCAGAUUUUGCAGUAGUUAAAAUGAUUCCCGAUAACAGAUUGCCACCUCGCCACCUUCAUGCAAUUCAGAUUGAUAAAACCUUUGCGGACAUCAAGUGGGAAUCUCCUUAUGACUCACCCGAUAGCAAAAUGGCAUAUGCUGUGGCAGUGAAGGAUUUAAUCCGCAAAACUGAAAUCAACUUUAAGGUUAAUACACAGAACAGUACAAUAGAGUACAGAAUAGGAAACCUGGAGCCUGGCGGAAAAUACAGUGUGAGUGUCCAGCUGCGUAACAUGAGCAAAGAAUUGACCAUAAAAGUCAACACAGUACCAUUAUCAGCACCAGAGGCAUUAAAGCUCUUUAGUGAAAGCGACCACAUACUGCUUUUUUGGAAAAGUCUGGCACUUAAGGAAAAGAAGUUUAGUGAAGAUCGGGGUUAUGAGAUUCACAUGGUUGACACUACAAAUAAUAUAACAACAUUUGUUGGAAACACAACUGAAACUUUCUUCAAAAUUUCAAACUUGAAGAUGGGCCACAAUUAUACAUUCAUAGUUCAAGCCAAGUGUUUGUACAGUGGACAGCUAUGUGGUGAUGCAGCAGUAGUCCUGUAUGAUGAACUAGGAUCGGAUCCAUUAUACUCUAAAAAUGUGCAAUCCACAGACGUGGCAGCAAUAGUUGUUCCCAUUUUGUUCUUGUUGUUGGUUGCAACUGGCUUUGGGUUUGUCAUACUGUACACGCGGCACAGAAGGCUUCAGAAUAGCUUUACAGCCUUUGCAAAUAGUCACUACAGCUCACGUCUAGGAGCUGCCAUCUUUUCAUCAGGGGAUGAUAUUGGUGAUGAUGAUGAUGCACCAAUGAUAACUGGGUUUUCUGAUGAUGUUCCAAUGGUCAUAGCUUGAAACUAUUUUUUUUUUAAUUUUAAAAACCAAAUGAUGUAAAUAUUUUAUUUUAGAAGAUUUGUGAAUUUUUGUUUUUUUAUUAUAUUUUAAAAUGCACUUUGAGUUGCAAUGUUAUUUUUAUAAGGGCCAAAAAAACUUUGUAGUACUCAACUGUGAAAUGCAAAAAUAUGAAUAUGUUUAUUUACCAAAUAGUAACAGUGCUUGGUACUUUAAUUACGUUUUAAACACUUCACCCCGUCUAUAAUUUCUAUAAUAAUUUUUGCAUAUAGAGCUCUUUAAGAUAUAGUGCCAACUUCUUCAUUAUGCAACCAGAUAAGUUAUGUCUGCAAUCUGGCAAUACAUACAUACAGGGGCAGAUCUUUUAAGGGUCGAAUAGUAAAUUUGAAUUUUUGAUUUUUUUUCUGCUGUCAAAAUUUUCAUCCCCCAACUCUAGUGUAAAUUUGAAUGUGAGAUUUAUCACACCUUGAACAUGGAAACCUUUGUAAUUCGAGUAUUUGCCAAAUUCAUUUACAAGUCAAUGACAUUGGUCCAUUGAUCCAAUUGAAUAUGUUAAUUGCCUUCCUGAAAUUCAAAUUUUUUUGGAGGGAAAAGUCUAUUCAAAUUCUAUUUGAAUUUUCAGGUCGGGAUUAUUCAAUCAAAUAUUAGACAUUCAAAUUUUUUCUUAAAUAACUUCCCAUUCGAGUUGUGAGUAUAGUCGAAUUUAUUACAGUAAAAAAAAUCCACAUAAAUUCGAAAUUCGACCUUUGAUAAAUCUGCCCAUUAAUGCCCAUAUAAAUUUUUAAACAAAAAAAGGUUAGAAAUUGCAUAUGCAGUGCUUGCCUUUUUUAUAGGAGGGGUGUUUAUCUAUGAAAUACCUUUUCCCAAAUAAAUAAUGUUUUCUUUAACAACAAUAGAUGUUAAUUUCGGAAAGGAUUAUAUUACAUUUGUUAAUUAAUUUAUUUUACCCAUUUUUAAAGCCUUGGCUAGUGCAGUUCUAUGAUUAGAUAUUGUGUUGAUAAAAGUCUAGAUUUUAAAACUACUGUAAUAUCUUCUCUGCCUUUUGCUGUGUUUUCAUAUGUCAACCACUCUGCUUAGGAAUCCUUUAAUUGUCCCUUCAGACUGCAGGAAUGUAAGCAAGGGCCAAUGAUUCUUGUGGCUUCAAUGUUAGAACUUAAGGCAUGGAAGGUUUUGGAGAGAACUUGGGUUGAUGCAACCAACUCCCCUAUGCAACAGUUAAGGGGAUACAACAUUCAUAACCUUCAUGAUGCAAUGGUUUUAUUGUAUCAUGACUUUCCAUUUAAGGCAGUGUCACACAGAAUUUUGUCUGUGUUUUUUUCCCAAGGUGUGUGCUGUAAAAACUCUUAAUUUUAUUUAAUAAUGGUAUCCCUUCAGAUUUCGUGAUGCAGUAGUACUUGCAUAUUACUAGUACAUGUCUUUCAAUGUCAGAGAAAAUACCAGAAUAUAAGAGAAAAGGCCAUACUCUUGUGGCUGUUUUUAUUUUAUAUUUUACGUUUUGCCCCUAGCUUUUUUUGAAGAAAAAGUAUAUUCUGGAUACUAUUCAAAUGUUUCUAGGAAUCUAGUUAGCUCUGAUGUUUCCUGACAUUAUGCCUGAUUUAUACAUUUGUUUAUCUAUUUCUUCAUUUCAUUAGUUUGCCAUUCUCUUUCUGUUACUAUUCACUGAUUUUCUUUUUGAGCUUUUAUUUUUAUCAUGCUCUGUUACUUUACGCUUUUCAUUUGCAAAUGUAAAUAUUUGAAGUUAGGCUGCCGUUACACAGUAGAGAAUGUAUAUAUUUUGUUGUUGGGUAUCCAAGACAUUGUCUUGAUCAAUGACACAUUUGCCUUCAUUUAAAAAACUGACUGCCUUAAUAAUCUCUUUUAACUUCAGUUGAUCAAUAGGCUACAAAAGUUUGUUAAUUUAAGGUACAUUUACUUUUACGUCAGACAAAUGUUCCUGGCAGGUCUCCAUGACAACAAAUACUCGGAGUAGUCCAAUUCAAUGAAUAUAUUUGGGAUGUUUGAGCCCAGCAACAGCACUAAACUCUAAUCCCCAUAUAUAAUAAAAGGCACUACGUUUGCCCAAUGAUGUUUGCUUUUAAACAGACAACCAUUAAAUGCUACCUGCUGAUUGCUAUGGGUUACUGCUCCUGGGCAAAUGUAAUUAUUUUUAUAUCAUAACCAACUAACACCCCACCAAUUCAGAAAGUUGCAAAAAGAACAAUGUUGCAAACAUAAAUCUUUGUAGGUGCACCCCCCGCUGGCUUGCAUCCCCCACUUACUGCCUUCAAGGCAUGUAGUUUUGUCACUUUCACCAUCUCUUAAUGUCCCCGAAAUGCUAAUUAUGCAUACAUGUAUGUUUGAUGGUACUAUAUUGUAUGUAUUUCUAGUUGUUAAAUCUUUCCCAAAAAAUCAUGGGAUGUGCGCAAACUAAAAUGGCUUGAAUAAAAAUAUUGCAAAAACAUUGGCAAGAACAUAAUGCCACAUAAUGUGGAAAUAAACUUAUCUUAGAAAUGUAGAUUUACAGAAUAGUUACAGCCCAGCUUUCUAGUCUUUGAAUACAAGGGCAACUUUAUCGAAAAUUGUUAUAGAUUGAUCAGAUCUUGUAGAUCUGGGGAUUUAGCAAACUAACAAAUCUGUAGGAAUUAUAUUGAUUUGCAAUCAUUCUUAAACUAAAUUAGAUCAGUCACUUAAAAAAAUGUUUGUGUUUCAUUUGAUCGACAGCUAAAAACAACAUUGUCCGGAGUCUACUAUGGGAUUUGACACCUGGAACUAGUGGUUUUGAGGUGAAAAAUCCCCGAAGGCUGUGAAUAGUGAUAAAUAUCCGCUUUGAUAUCCAGAAUGACCAGAAUAGCAUAAGAAUUUAAUAAGAUUCGAUUAUGAUCAAUCUGUCAUAAAUAAGGAACAUUACUGGAAAAUUCAAAUUGACAUUAAUUCUUCAGCAAACCCUGCUCUAUUUCCAAUCAACUUUGACACAUCUGCCCUGCAGAAGAUGAUUGGCAUUUUUAAAAUACAAAUUUUGCAAUGUAAAUCCUUUAAUUAUUUUACAGUAUAAAAAUGUAAUUGUUGUAGUGGCUAAAUUUUUUAUAAAUUACCACACAUAUGUAUGACGUGAUGAUGAUGUUGUUUUUAAGAAUCCUUGUUAGUUUAAGUUCAGCAGGAGGCAGAAAGCUAAUUGAAUUAGCUUAAACCUAUCUUGCCAGUUAUUUAGAAUUAUAUUUUGCCUUUGAUUAUUUUUAGCAUCUAUUCACAACUCAUAGUGGAUGACUGUUGGAUAUAGAGAAUACAGGGGUCCUCGGGUUACAUACACCCCACGAACAUACAACUCGCACUUACAAAGGAAGGCUAUUAAAGCAAUGUACGGUGGUUUGCUUGGCCUUUAUUAGCAUUUAGCUUUAAUAAACCUAAACCACCUGCCCUAAUCCCCUCUGGUGUUUGUUGUUUACUGCAGAGCAAAGAAAGGUAAAAAUAAAUACUAUGUGAAGACAAACAUCUGUCUGUUGCAUUUAAAAAGUAAAAGUAUAUGUUUCAACUUACAUACAAAUUCAACUUAAGAACAAACAGACCCUAUCUCGUAGAUAACCCGGGGACUGCCUGUACUAUUUUUUUCACUGACUAUUAUACAGGACAUAAAGUAACUUGUGCAAUUUGUCCUAAGGUACUAUUUCUCACUGUGAUUUCAUGGGAACUGCUUGCUAGUAUUGCAUGGCGAUGAAGGGGCAGUGGGUGUUUUAUAGACUUGAAUUCAAAUUAAAAUAUGUAAAAAAAAAAAAAUCCUGUUACGUUUAUGGUGCCUGGUACUCGGGUGUUUAUCUUUUCUAUACCUUUACGGAAAAUCUUACUUUAAAAUUCGAUUUGCUUAUGACGGUACAAUGUCUGAUUUCCUUGCUAAAUCAGUUCUAUAGUUGACUGAAGUAGCCACCUCUCGGAUCCCUCUCUUGCAUGAUACAGAGAGGCCUACUAAAGGUGGUGUUCUUUUUCUCCCACUCGUGAUUUUAUAGAACUUAAUCUAUCUAAAGACUUAUAAGAUCUUCAUGGUUUAUAUUUGUGACUUUGAUGCUGCUAUAGCUAGCUGCUGCUUACUGGACAUGUUAUGGUGGUGUGAUAAUUCUUUGAGCCUUUUUAAUUGUUGUUUGAUCUUCAUGGAAAAUAUACAGUGAUUACUUUUUUUUUUUCAGGGAACUCGUUAAAAACAACAGAACUGUUGUCAGUGUUUAAUAAAUCUGUUUCACAAAUAUAGUUUUUGUUAAUUUUUUUUAUAUUCUGUACGAGUUUCCCGCAAUCUCUCAUUUUUUCCACUGUAAAUAAAUCAUUCAUGAUGUCCUAUGGUCCUAUUUAUAGAGGUGUGCUAAAUGUUUUGCAACAAAAAUGGUGUCAAAAGUGAUGUAAAAUAAGUCGUAUUUAUAAAGCUGUGUUUUUCUCCCUAUAAUAAUGUUUUAACACUGCCCAGCACCAGUUCUGAGUCUAUGACAAAGUUAAACAUGGUGGAAUAUAUAAAGGUGUGCUUUUUAUUUGGUUUUCUCCGUAAAUGACAUCAGAUUUAAUCCCUUAUAGUUCUUAGGACAAUUUCAUAUAGAGAAGAAAUUCUUGUGCCAGAAUUUUACCCUAAGCUAUACAUUUAUUACACAGCUUUAUAAAUACAUGCUGAUUCCAGCAGGAGUCUAAUACCCAGAUGUCAAACGGUACAAUAUAAAUGAUGUGUUAAGAGGAACACACUUUUCAACAAUAACAAAAAAUGACUGUUUAUGAGACAGAUAUAUUAAACAUCCAUGGAAGUUGUGUGUGCAUUGCUGCAGCUGUGAAAUUUCCCACAUUUGAAUUUGCACUGUGAAGUUCAUAUUUUUAUUACUGUGUCCUUUUUUACCAUAUUAUAUGAAUCUCUCCACUUUUAUUUGACAGUAUAUAUAUAUAUAUAUAUAUAUAUAUAUAUAUAUAUAUAUAUAUAUAUAUAUAUAUAUAUCAACAAUGAUGCUAAAUGGUGUAAUUUGAAACAAUAUAAAAUUGUGUAAAUACAUUUUUUUUUAAAUCCGCUUUUUUUUUUUUUUUCUUACAUCAUUCAGAAUCUUAAAAAUGCCAGUGCUCCAGUUCUCAGGAAUGUAAUGUUAGUGCCAAGAUAAUAACAGGCUUUAGAUUACCUGCAUGGGGCAGAGCAACAAUCCAUAUACUAUUUUUGCUUAAAAGGCCUUGAACAGUUGUAUUGCCCUUGUUCCUUUCAUUCUGUUUUGGACUUUAAAAUUAAAUUGAAAUUAAUUGUGCUAAUUUGGGGUUGUAUAAUUGUUGCCAACAUUUAUCAGUAACCAAAUAACAUAAUAUUGGGUUCUGCUUCUGAUAAUGUUGCACUGCUGUCGGGAUUGGCUUAGAUAGACUUUAAAACAAAGUAAAUUUCUCCUGUAGAUUAUAUUGUAUUGCUAUAUAGCUUUUUGCAAGUUUUCCAAAUAUUGUGCUGCUUUUUUGUUGAGAUCUUUCUUUUAUUUUAUUUUAGACAUUUAUAGAUUUUAUUUGUUGCUAGGGAAAGCAAGGUUCUGUGGGACAGUGUUUCUUGUGUCACCAUAAUGACUGGAAUUAUAUACUACUUUGAAAUAGGAUAUUUCAUGUGUUAAUAUCUUGAUAACUAAUAUAAUUAGUAGAAGAGAUUAGUUAUGCACGGCUGGCCCAGACCCAGCCAACCAUCAAGCAUGUUGCAGCAGUUCUAAUUCUGCCAGUGUGCCCCCACCCUAGUCUUUGAUGCCCGACUGAUGUUAAAUACUUGCUGGCCACUAUCUUGGCAAACUCAUCCCUGCCGUGCCUCCUGCUAUCGAUAUUAAACAUGGGUGGGUUGUGUGUAGGCACAUAAAGCAUAUUGACAUAGAGGUUGCACUGGCUUCUGGUUAGCCCAGCUUAACCCACAAGGCACUGCUUUUAGUAACGUACAAAUGUGAGGAACCACACACACAAUACUGCAGCCAGUUGGCUUAUUUGGGGCUUUGAAAGCAACUUCAGCCUUGUUUCUCUGUUCCUUUUAUUUUCAUUUAUGUAUCUCUGUGAGUUUGUCCAAGAGAAACGCUGCCAUUAAUGCUACACUGGCAUCUUUUCUGGGUGAAACCUUUUUGGACCACUUUGAAUCGUUUGUUACAUGUGUAGUUCGUUACUUUUACAUCCCCUUUUUAAAUAAGAUUCCCCCAUAUAAAAUAAGAAAACAGAGAAACUGAAGCUGCUGAAACUUCCUGCACACACACUAUUUAUGGUAACACUGCCCCUUUAAACCUGCCAAAUAGUAACCGUUCCUACUGUGGGCAUGCCCAUAUUUCAGCAUAUACAUGUGCAAUGAAGACGGAUUUAUGUAUAAUAAUCCCAGAUUAUGUAAUAUGGGGAUGAAUGUAGCGUUAGAAAACACUUGCCUUUUAAAAAGAGAUACACAAAAUAUGUAGAAGGCUUAUCCACUAUUGUGCACCAUUGUAAGUGGAUACAUUCUGCCAGUGCCAGCUGUAUUAUAUAAAAUGCGUGCCCAUUAGCUAUGCAACACGUUGAACCUGGUGGAAUGUUUAUAUUAUGUAUGUAUUAUUUUGGCAGCCUGCUGUUCUCUCCAAACCAUUCUAGUGGACAUGCUUUUUCAAAGUAGCAAAUAAGUCUGCUCUGGUUUAUUACACUGCAUGUAACAGAAUCACAUUUCCCAAAGCCCUUUCCACUAUGGCAGUGAUGCUGAAAGCAACAAGGCAUAUGCAAAAAUACAGAGAAAAACAUUCAAAUAUUUAUAAAAAGCACAAUAUUUAGGAAAUAUUUACAGAAAGCUCUAUGUAUGCCAAUGGGGUAAAUUAUUUAAAAUAUUAUGGCAAGACCCUUUAGACUUAAGUCCUGAACACAGAGUAGGUUUAAGCUCCCCUUUAAUGGUUUGCACAUAUUAAAGUGCUUCUUGCAUUUUCAUAGUAUAGAUACAUAAUACAAUUACUAUCCACAGAAUUGCUUCAUUAGUUUAACUCAUUUUCCCAUAAUUCACUGUUUACAUUUAGAUACAGUAUGAUGGCCCUUGUUUACUACAGAGAUCUAAAACUUUAUCUAAUGCUAGAAUUAUGUAAAGACUGUUGACUAUAUAUCAUGCUCUUGUAAAUAUGUACUGAAAAUGGUUUUAAAAAUAAAUUUAGAGGCUUCUCCCCCCUCCGCCCUCUAUUUUACCAAUAAAAGUCCUAGCCAUUUACUGCUUAUGGAUUAUAAAGGGAUGUGUUGUAGGAUUGAUGUGUGUGUGUGUGUGUGUGUGAAUGUUUACAUUGGAUGUUUUAUUUCAGCUGGUAAAAAAGCCAAAUCAGGAUUAAUAAAAGCAGGCAUUCAAAGAAUUAUAAUUUAUACCUGGGAAUGUCUAACGUUACAAUUUAGCUGGCCUAUCUGCGUAUUUCUGCUUUUCCAAUUACCAUUUUGCUGCUGAAAUAUAAUUUCCCUUUUUCCACUUUCUUAUUUGUAUUUUUGUGUUAUCUUACAUUGGGCAUUCAUGGAUUACAGUUUGAUUCACAAUUGAUUUUGUUUUCUGUUUUUUUUUACAUUUGUGAUCACUAAUUAAUGUUUUGCACAUUUUGAGUAGAAAUCUGGCCAUUCUUUGGUAUUUCUUUUGUCUCUGCAUUAAAGCAAUCUGGUUUAAAACUG